CGGGAGCAGCUGACUGUGAACGAAUCUCGGCAAUAUGGGCGUUCUCCUGUGCACGAUCUUCUCGUCAAUUUAAUUGUGUUGCUGCGAAAAAAACAAAACAAAAAAACUACUCGGCAGAGAGUUGCGAUUGCCCGAACCAGAAAGAAAACACGACAAAGAGGAGAAAAGUUUAUCACAUAACACGGAUCAAAAAAACAAAAGGCAAAAAAAAAAAAAACAAAUAGACGUUUUGCUUGUUCAAAAAACGACGCCUGCAGGCGGGAUAGUGUCAAGAGGGAAAGUGCGCACUGGCGGCGACGUAAUUGGUGUAUGUGUGUGUGUGUGUGUGCGUGCGUGUUCGGUGCGGGCGUUUUUCUAUACGGUUAUUAGUUUACACACUCUGCGUGGGCCUAUUUCUUGGCCUGCAUCUGUGACGCUUGUUUCGCUAGCGCACCGCCGACGAGUAUUUAUUUUAUUUUUUUUUUCGGCGGUCAGCCUUCGUGAAAGUCGACGUCGAUCGCGCACACACACAUUGCCAUUCAAGAAGGAGAAAACAUACAAUCAAGAAAGAAAAUAAACACGACCCGAAGGCGAUGCUGUGGGUACCGCAGGAAAAGCUGCGAUCGACGACGGACAUCAACAUCUUCGUUGAAGAAAAGAAUUUCUAGCUGUUGAACGUGAGCGCCCAAUUCGGAGAAGAAUGUGCUGCUGAUCGAGCUGGCCCCUUUUUUCCCUCAGGUUCUCUAAGAAAAAAAAAAAUAGAGAAGACGCUGGUGCACCGACGGUGUCAUAACUCAUGGCCCCAUUCUCGUCAACAUAUGUCGACUUGCGGAAGGAAAUGCGGCCCGUAUGACAGACGCUUCCCGAUUCUCGUCAAGGCAACUUUGGCAUCGCCAUAAAAACGAUAAGCAGCGGUGACAAACGUCAAGUCAAAAAAAAAAAAAGAAAAUACAAUCGGAAAAACGAAGAUUAAUAGAAGGAAAAGGAAACGUAGGAAAGAGGACCAUAAACACAGAAACAAAAAGAAGACCACAGAACAAAUAAAGAGAAAAGAAAAGGGACGAAAUAACAGAGACAACAUUGACGAUUGACGGUUGUUUUUCGUGUAGGAAACGUGAAGGGGGGGGGGAGGAGGAGGAGGACAGUGAACUAUUUGUUGCGUCCCGUUCGUUCGUCUGGAGUCAUCUGGUCUUUCCUUUUUUCUUUCCGAAAGAAGAAGAAAGAAGAAAAAGCAAACAUUAUACCACUGACAAAUGGCUGCUGCCCAUCAACAUUCUUCCGGCAACGGAAAAAGGACACGAUUUUUGAACCGGCUCUUUCCUUGGCGAUCGUCUUCUAGUCACAGAUCGAGUAGCGGCAGUCGCAUGAUGAGCGGCGGCCAUAACAAGGAAUCGCCAGGCCAACUGUUCUCCGGUAGCAGCACGAGCAGCGUCCGACGCACGUCGCCCGUCGAUCUCAAUUUAGGCGCCGAAACGUCGGUAGGAUCGCCGAUGAUGGCCGUCCCUUCUUCGCUGCCCAUUCCACGAUUUCCCGACGUCGUAGAGGCUGAGCCGGCCGUCCUCUUGCCGACGCAUCAUCGGCGAACGCAACGACACAAAGACGGUGGCAACGGCUUCCGUGUGACGGCAACGGCCGCCACGCCACCCACUUACCAACAGCAUCAGCCGCCCGAUAAAAUGGACCACGAAGAGAUGGGCGCUCUACGACAUUUGGCCAGCGAAUUGAACGCCGCCCUUCGCCUUUCCGAAGAAGAGAAUCUUCUACUUAAAGCCAAACUUCAAACGCUGGAUGAGUGGGGUCUAAUGGCCGAACAGCAAGAGGACGUCGGAGCCAGUCAAACGGCUAAACUGGAUCGGCUGAUCGAAGACUUGCGCGACAUCGCCUCAUCGCAACCCACCUCACCGUUCACAUCGCCUUUCGUUCACAGACGGAACAUGCGCGAUCUCGGCCGCAUUCUUCAGCAGCGGCAAUCCGAGUUGAGGCGGUUAACGGCCGAGCUCCACCAAACGCAGACGGAACUGCUUUUCACGCAGGUCGAACUGGAUCAGGUGCGUCGCUGUCUCCAAAGGCUCGACCAGAGGCUUUUGUACGCCGAGGACGAGUUAGACCUGGCCCGUCAAGGUUUGCUGCAAGCGUCCAUUAGCAAGCAGAGGCUGAUGCAAGAGCUGCAGACCACCAGAGGCCUGUUGAUGAGGUGUUGGGGUCGCGUCCGCGAUUUGGAACAGCAGCAGCAGCAGCAGCAACAAGCGGCCGGCAACAUGCUCGAGGCCAGCUGAAAAGACAACGACUUUUGACAGGUUCUUAACAAUCCAAACGCCACGCGCGCCCAUCUCAACACACAGCCGGACAAAAAAACAAAAACAAAAACAAAAACAAAAAAAUAAGAAAUAAAAACAAAGACUCAUUUGCACUUGGUUCGCUACCGCCUUGGUCGGCACGUUUCUGUUUCCAAGAACACGGCGCUGUUCUUGUCGCUAUGCGGCCAACCCAUUUUCAAGUUUCGUUUUUUCUCCUCGAGCCGCUAACUAAUUAAGGAAAUACCAAAGACAGCCCAAACUAAUUGCUCCAAGCGCAAUCACGUAACAGAAAUUUCGAUUGUAUUAGGGUUUGUUGCACGCUGGAAAACAAAAACUAAAAAAAAAGAGACGUCAGCUAUUUUUAUACGAUUCGCCAAUACCAACAUGGCAUGAUCUUUACCAAUGUACAUGGUAAGCCCAUCCUCCUUCUGCGCCACUCCUUUUUCCCCCAAAAAAAGAAGAAGGAAAGAAAGAAAAAAAGAGAAAAAAAAAAAUGAAUGGAAUAAAAUCAAAGUCAAACGGAGCGACGGGGGAUAGCGAAGGUGGCAAUGAGAAGUCUUCGGCCACACGCACACACACGCACACACAAGAAAGAAAACACUGAUACUUUCGGUCAUACCAUCCGACUGCAAUAGCCGAACAAAAGAGAAAACAAUAAAAGAAAAAGAAAAAAAAACAAGCCACAAACGGCUAAAAAAUGAUGACGGAUCGUUUUGGACGUCCACCGAAAAAAAAAAAAAAAAAUCUGAAUGAAGAAGAAACAUCACGAGAGCGCCCUUAUUUGUUAUUCAAAAUGAAUCAGCUGGUGAUGAAGGACUGGAGAGAUACGAGGUGGAAUCGAGUGCGACAGGAAUAAUUUAAAAAAAAGGUGGUUUGUAAAAAAAAAAAGAAUGGUUAACGGGUGGGAAUCAGCUCAUCAAGUCUCUGUUGGACGCGGUCAUGGCAUCUGAUGGAGGAGGGAGAACAGUAGCGGCGGCGGCGGCUGCAGCGGCCGCAGCGCUUAGGACUUGUCCGUUACUCUCGUCCGCUCCAUCAAGAAGUCCCGCCUCAUCGCCAGCAACAGCAGGGGGCGUGGCCGUCACCCGUAAUCGUUUGGGGUCUCCGUAAAUCAAAGAAUGGACAUUGGGCGAGCUGCUGCGCGAAUUGCUCCGCUCGCGGGUGAAGUGGUGAGGGGCGGCGGCAGCGGUUGUACCUUGUAGUUCCUGUUCGUCCAAGAAACGAUCCAUAUAGUCGGUGGUACCAGGAUGGAGGGCAUACUUCUUCUUCUCAAGUCGUGCCCGAUUGGCCAGCACGUCAUGUCUUUCCGUUUUCUUCCACAAGUAAUAAAACUGGACGAGCUCGCCAACCGAACGCGUUCGCACCUUUUGCUGCUGAAUGUGGUGGAAAUCUUUGCCGUACAUACGCAAACCCGCCUCGAAAUUCUUACACUCCUCCUCUGACCAAAGCGAGGCCGUGUCGCAUGGCGUCACGUUGCUCAUUUUCCGUCUCCGCAAGGCUUCUUCGACGUUGUGUCCGCAUUGCAAUAGCUGAUGCAAUGCCUAAAAAUGCGUGUUCCAAAAAUUGUUUGAAAUUAACCCAACGGUGAAUACAACAAGGUCCACUA